CGUAACCUAUAACGGCGCAUCCAUGGAGCGACCAACUUCAAGUGUGCCUCGCUCGCCUCAGUGGGAUGCACAGCAAACGCAGCCAGAAAGCACGCGUGCACGUGGGACACGCCCUUUUGCCGUCUGUCCCGUUUGAAAAACACUUUUCCACGAGCUCAUUCCCCAAUUUCCUCGUUCGUCCAAAAGCAAUAUGAUUGAAUGGUACGCGCCGCAGCGCUACGACAUCGGCGUCAUCGUGCAGCUCAUUUGCUGCCUCUGCGGCAUCGGGUCGCUCUCGAUGCCCCACAUCUUUGCCGAAUCCGGCGCCGUCUUGUCGUGCAUCACCUUUCUGCUCAACUUCUUCUUCAACACAUAUGCGACCGUCGCGCUCUGCCAGUGCCUCCUCGCGCUCAAGGACGAGCCCAAAGUCCAGACGUACGUCGACCUCGGGUUCUACCUCUUUGGCAAAACCGGCGCUGUCCUCGUCCAAGGCACGCAGCUCGCGUCUUGCUUUCUACUUCCGAUCGCGUUCCUCGUCCUCGGCGGCGCGACGCUGCUUCCAUCCAUCUUCGACGGCGCGAUCGACAUUUCGUCGACGUGGUGGAUCUUGCUCAUGACGCUCGUACUGCUGCCGAUCAUCUACAUCCGCGUGCUCCACGAAGCGUACCCCGUGUUGGUUGCGGGCGCGCUCGGGACGAUCAUUGCCGAUACCAUGGCGACCGUCGAUGCGUAUUUGGCGCCCGGCGGUGACAUUUUUGAAGCGACGGCGUCGCCCGGCUUCUCCAACGUUCUCAACACGUUUGGCGCAUUUGCGCUCGCGUACGGCGCCGCGACGAUCGUGCCGCAGAUGCAGAACCACCACCCCCGCCCCGAGAGCAUGCCGAGCACGAUGGUGUUUGGCAUGUUGCUGAUUUCCGUCUUUUACGUGGCCCUCGGUGCGGUCGGGUACGCGCACUUUGGCUGCGCGGCGCCUGGGAACCUCUUGAUCGCCAUGUCGGCUACGACGGAGCGCCGGCGAAUUGCGUUCAUCUGCAUGCAAGUGCACGUCAUGAUUGCGCUGGCGAUCUUUAUGAACCCGUUCUUUGUCUACUUUGAGCGCAAGUGGGACCCGUGGUUUGCCAAGGUGGCGAUGACGGACACCAACGAGAAUGACGACGCCGACAAGACCGAAGCGGGGUUUGCGGCAGUGCGCACGCCGACGCACGGCGCGUCGGACAAUGACGCGAGUGCCGUCGACGACGUGCGGGCGACGCGGGUCGCAUUCCUGCGCCGAAUUGUGUUUCGCUCGAGUAUGGUCGGCAUCCAGUGCUUUGUCGCCAUGCUCACGCAGAGCUCGUUCUCGGACAUUGCCGACCUCAUUGGCGCGUCCGUCAUGAACCUCUGCUCAGUGAUUCUGCCGCUUGUCUUUUACUACGCCAUGUUCCGCACGACCAUGUCCAAACGCCAUAAAAUGCUGUGCAUCGCUGUCAUCGUCGUCACGACGCUCCUCGGCGGCUACAGCACGUACCACGCGAUCGCCAACAUUGUCGAAAACUCGUCGACGUACAAGUUGUUUUCGUCGGCGCCGGCCACCUAUGCACCGACGUCGUUCCCGUACUGCCCCGCGGGUUUUGCGACGCGCAAGCAGGCAUGGAUCGCCUCACUGCAACAUUAACUCAAAUAACUAGUAUGUAUUCUACGUAGUCAUCUCUAAACUCGGGUUUGCAUAAACUAUUU